GUCGCCAUCACUUUUUUAAAGGACAGAGUGGUACAAACUCCCAGGCUGUGGGGAGUCACCUGAGUGGUCAUUUCGGAUUGGAAUCUUGCAAAAUAUAACCUCCCACCCCACAGAAGGACAACAACCGCCUGGAUCAUAAAGACACAACAUCGACGUAAUUGUUUUUUUUUACUUAUGUGGAAAAAAAACCCGCACUUUGAAAACCUGAAGCGGAAGCCUGCAAUUGCAAGAGGACGUGCUGUAAUUUUCCAUGGUCCAAAACCUCAUCUCGUUUCAGGAAGGAUAUUCAUUUGAGCCACGACAGCCCAAUCUUCACUGAAUACUGCUGCCUUGGUGGCUUUUGCAGUUUUGCCUGGGGCAAUAACUACUCCUGAAAGAAGAAUCUACUAGUCACUGAAGCAGCUAUGCAGCUUGAAAUUCAAGUAGCACUCAACUUUAUUAUUUCCUAUUUAUACAACAAACUCCCCCGACGACGUGUGAAUAUCUUUGGCGAAGAGCUCGAGAGCCAGCUGAGGAAAAAAUAUGAAGGCCACUGGUAUCCAGAUAAGCCAUACAAGGGUUCGGGGUACAGGUGCAUCCACGUAGGGGAGAAAGUGGAUCCUGUGGUGGAAAAGGCAGCCAAAGAGAGCGGGCUGGACAUUGAAGAUGUCCGGAAUAACCUCCCUCAGGACCUUAGCGUGUGGAUUGAUCCGUUUGAGGUUUCUUACCAGAUCGGAGAGAAGGGACCGGUCAAGGUGCUAUAUGUGGAUGAUAACGGUGAGAAUGGCUCAGAACUGGACAAAGAGAUCAAGAACAGUUUUAAUCCCGAGGCCCAAGUCUUUAUGCCAAUCACUGAGCCCGUCGGGCCUUCCUCGGAAUCCAGCUCCCCAUCCCCACCUUUUGGGCAGUCGGCCGCCGUCAGCCCCUCCUUCAUGCCACGUUCCACCCAGCCUCUGACCUUCACCACUGCCACCUUUGCCGCCACCAAAUUCGGAUCCACCAAGAUGAAGAGCGGCGGCCGCAGCAACAACAACGCCCCAGGCGGCAGUAGCAACAAGGUGGCUCGCUCGUCCCCUGUCAGCCACCUGGGUCUGAAUGUCAACACCCUCCUUAAGCAGAAAGCCAUUUCCACCUCCAUGCACUCACUGUACGGGCUGGGCCUGGGGCAGCAGCAGCAGAAGGCCUCCGCUCUCUCCCCCAACGCCAAGGAGUUUGUGUUCCCCAACCUCCAGGGUCAGACCAGCCCCGGAGCUGUGUUCCCCAGCGAAGGUUCUCUGGGGCUUGGACCUGCGCCGUACAACAAUGCCUUUGACGUGUUCGCAGCCUACGGAAGCCUCAACGACAAGUCACUCACGGACGGCCUCAACUUCGGUCUGAGCAACAUGCAGUAUUCUAACCAGCAAUUCCAGCCUGUCAUGGCAAACUAAACUCAUCACAAAGAUGUUUAUUUAUGAAUGACGGUGGCUUGGGAGAAGAAAACAUAACGCACACUCUAGAACCUGCUAGCGUCUGGUCCAUCAAGCGCAUGUGCCCAAGGGUGUUUUUUGUUUGUUUUUUUACUGGAACCCCUUGAGUUUGUUUCUAUCAAAAGCUUGUACAAACACAUCCAAGCUUGGUAAACUUCGAUUCAUCAUGCAUUGUUUUCUUUUUGCCAACCAAGCACAAUUUUUGUUUCUUUUUUUUUUCUUUUUUUACUGACUUGAAAGAAAUACUAAAAUGUUGGAGAAAAAAGAAAAAAAAGUUUUGGCCUCUUACAGUAUUUUACAGGUGGUAAGACAAGGCUAAUUUUUUUAAUGAAUUGGCACUAAGUGGGGUUACUUGGUCUUUUUCUAAUGGUAUAAUUUAAUUUAGUACAGAGUUUGUAAAAUACCAGAGUAUAUAUUGUUUCUAUGACAUGGUGUUGCAUUUAUAUCUUUUUACUACUCCAGUGAUCUGUGAUGGCUGCAGCAGCUUUUCCUUAUUUUUCUUUUUUAAAAGAUAAUUGUUGAAUAAAUCCAUCUUUAAAAAAAAAAAAAAAAGUACAUCAGAUAUUCUAAAGAUUGUGUACAGAGUAUUCCUUUAGUGGUGAAACUCAAGUGUAGGAAUAUUUGCUAUUUCUGAAAGCUGAAUUGUAUUUUCUGUUAAGAGGUUAAAGAUUUUGCUAUACUAUGGACAACAAAUGUAAUCGUAUGAAUAUUAAUUUUUGUACCUACAUUGUGCAAUACUUGAUAAAAAAAAAAAAAAUA